AUGUCGCAACGGGAGUACCAUAUAGUAGUACUCGGGUCAGGUGGAGUCGGAAAGAGCUGCUUGACAGCACAAUUUGUACAAAAUGUGUGGAUAGAGAGUUAUGAUCCCACCAUAGAGGACUCGUAUCGAAAGGCCAUCAAUGUCGACAACCGUCAGGUUGUGUUGGAGAUUCUAGACACUGCAGGCACAGAACAAUUCAGUAAAGAACUCUACAUGAAGACUGGCCAAGGAUUUCUCUUGGUCUUCAGCAUAACAUCAGCAUCAUCAUUCCAUGAGCUCGCGGAGUUACGAGAACAAAUACGGCGGAUCAAAGACGACGAUAAUGUCCCCAUGGUGCUCGUUGGCAACAAAUCCGAUCUGGAAGACGACCGAGCAGUAUCUCGACCACGAGCCUUCGCGAUAUCACGUGAAUGGGGUGUUCCGUAUUUCGAAACCAGUGCGCGAAGAAGAGCAAAUGUCGAUGAAGCUUUCGUCGACCUCAGCAGACAGAUCAUAAUCAAAGAUCAAAGGGAACCGCCGUCCCUGUGCCCCUCACCUGUCCCCCACCUGUCUAUAAGAACCACCCCUCACCCCUCUACAGUCCAGCAUCAACUCAAGCCACUCUUCAAUUUUACACUUCUUCAAACAACUCCCAACCCAACCAACAAACUCAAAAUGUCUGCCCCUAACGCCAACACCCCCAACGACGGCCUCGUCGGCCAGGCUGUCAACUCCGUCAAGAACGCCGCCAACUACGUCUCUGAGUCCAUCCAGGGCCAGUCCGCUGAGGCUUCCAAGGAGGCCAACAAGCAGCAGGCCAAGGGCAACGUUCCCGGAAACGACUCCCUCACCGACCGUGCCUCCGGUGCCCUCUCCGCCGCUGGCGACAAGAUGGACCAGAGCAAGCACGACGCCUCUGCUGAGGCCAACAAGCGCUCCGUCUAA